UCUCAACAAAGAUAUACAUAUAUAUACUUGAUUAAAAAAAGUUGUUGCUAAAAUUUUUGUGUUGCAAGAGGUCGUAGUUGAGUUCAGUUUGAAAAGUCACCACCACUCCUUAGCUUCUAGAUACUAAUAUUAUAGAAUUAUCUAGAACUAUAUAAUUAAGUUUCAUAAAAGUCAUAGAACAUUCUAGAAGUUUGUAAUGUUUAGAAGAAAAGUGAUUUGCUAGAUUUUUCUAGUCUUUGGGCCAAGCCCACUAACAAGUAGUUUCUAGAGUUCUCUAGCAUAUUAAAGUUGAGUAGUAUAAAUAGGGACCUUAGGUCCCUUAGAAGGGUGUCAAAGAGUGAGUACACAAAGUGCAUCUAAAAGUGUUCCAAAAAGUGUAAGCUAGAGUGUUUAGUAUGUGUGGUCAAGAAUUGUAAUCAAGUCUUGGUGUAAUUACUUUUGUAUCAAUAAAGUAAUUACGUUUUCACGUGUUGUGGUGUUCAACAAGUGGUAUCAGAGCCGGAUCGGGGUCGUACCGAAAGAGUCCUUUGUUGAGUUUCUUAGAGUGAUCGUGUGUGGUUUAGUACUACAAAGUUUGCACGAUGGGUGACCUUCAAGUGGUCGGUGGAAUUAAGAAACUUAACAACCAAAAUUACAACACGGGGUCGAUGCACAUGGAGGCAUAUCUCCAAGCCAAGACCUGUGGGAGAUCGUUGGUGGCAAUGAAGUCACACAACCAGAGGAUGCAAUCGCUUUGAAGAAAUGGAAGAUUAAAGCGGGCAAAGCCAUGUUUGCGAUUCAGACCACAGUUGAAGAUGAAAUGUUGGAGCACAUCAGGCCGGCGAAGACACCGAAGGAAGCGUGGGAUACUUUCGCAUCACUGUUCACCAAAAAGAAUGAUACGAGAUUGCAGCUUUUGGAGAAUGAGCUUCUCUCAAUCAGGCAGCGCGACAUGACGAUCAACCAAUACUUCACCAAGGUAAAAUCUCUUUGUCGCAAAAUCUCUGCAUUAGACUCUGCUGCUGGCAUGUCAGAUGCUAGAAUUAGAAGAAUUAUUAUUCAUGGAUUAAGGCCAGAAUUUAGAACUUUUAUUGCUGCAAUACAAGGUUGGCCAACCCAACCUUCUCUUGUCGAAUUGGAAAACUUGCUAGCUGACCAAGAAGCAUUAGCUAAGCAAACAUCUGGAAUCUCAUUAAAGAGUGACGAAGAAGCACUCUUUAGUGGUGAUAAGAAAGGUCGAUCUCGACCAAAUGCUAGCAAAAUUUUUAAGAAAAAUGAUGACAAGGAUAGUCAUCAUGGAAGCUCCCAAACAGGGGGAGCUCAAAAGAAAGACAAUCGGCGUGGCCAGUGAAAGAAUAACAAUAAAUUUGAUGGGAAAUGCUACAACUGUGGAAAGUAUUGCCACAUGCCUAAAAGUUGCUGGUUCAAGAAGAAAACUGCAGAAGGUAAUGCAGCCACGUCAAAUGCAGAAAAUACAAGUGAUGAAGAAUGGGACGCAGAAGCAUCUUUCGCUAUGGAGGAAGAAGAAUUAGCUCUAGUAGCUACUGUUCCAGGAAAGAUCGACUACAAUAAUGAUUGGAUAGUCGACUCUGGCUGUUCAAAUCAUAUGACAGGAGACGAAGAGAAGCUGCAGAACAUAACAGAAUAUAAAGGUGGUCGUGUAGUGGUAACAGCCAACAACUCAAGAUUACCGAUUGCUCACAUCGGUAAAACAACAAUCACGCCGAGAUUCAGCUCAAAAGAAGUUUCACUCCAAGAUGUCCACCAUGUACCUGGGAUGAAGAAAAAUUUAUUGUGAGUAGCGCAACUUACGGCGUCGGGCCACCAUGUCGUAUUCGGUCCUCAAGAUGUCAAGAUCUACAAAGAUCUUGAAAUCUCUGGAACACCGAUGAUGAGAGGACAACGUUUAGAGUCUGUCUAUGUAAUGUCAGCAGAAUCGGCUUAUGUAGACAAGACUCGAAAGAACGAAACAACAAAUUUAUGGCAUGCAAGGCUAGGACAUGUCAGCUAUCACAAACUCAAGGUAAUGAUGAAGAAGUCUAUUCUGAAGGGUCUUCCUCAACUCGAGGUCAGAACAUAGACCAUAUGUGCCGGCUGCCAAUACGGUAAGGCGCAUCAAUUACCGUAUGAAGAUUCAAAGUUCAAAGCCAAAGCACCAUUGGAGCUAGUUCAUUUUGAUGUAUUCGGGCGAGUCCAACAAUCAUCAAUCAGCGGCAUGCGGUACAUGGUUACAUUCAUUGACGACUUCUCAAGGUAUGUGUGGAUUUUCUUUAUGAAAGAAAAAUCUGAAACUUUUUCAAAAUUUAAAGAAUUCAAAGAAAUAGUGGAAGGAGAAGUCGGCAAGAAAAUCCAAUGCCUCUAAACAGACAACGGUGGCGAAUAUACCUCAGAUGAAUUUUAUGAGUAUCUUCGAGAACGCCGCAUACGCCAUCAAUUCACAUGUGCAAAUACGCCACAACAAAAUGGAGUAGCAGAGAGGAAGAAUCGCCAUCUUGCAGAGACAUGUCGAAGCAUGCUACAGUCAAAGAAUGUUUCAGGGAGAUUUUGGGCAGAAGGUAUGAAAACAGCAGCUCAUGUGAUCAAUAGACUUCCUCAAGCAAAGUUAGGGUUCGUCUCACCCUUUGAGAAACUGUGGGGCUAUAAACCUACAGUAAGUCACUUUCGAGUGUUUGGCUGUGUGUGCUAUGUGUUUGUGCCAAGUCAUCUACGUAGCAAAUUUGAUAAGAAGGCAAUACGGUGUAUCUUCAUUGGAUACAACAGCCAAAGAAAAGGGUGGAAAUGUUGCGACCCAACAACAGGAAAAUGCUAUACGUCGAGAAAUGUGGUGUUCGAUGAAGCUUCUUCAUGGUGAUCACUGCAAAAGGAAGAGUAACCAGAUUCUAAGGAAAUAGAAGACAAUUUGCAGAAGAAGAUGGGGGAGCAAAUUGUUGAGUUACCUUCAACUCCAGAAACAGAUGAAGAAGAACAAAGUGAAGAAGACAACGAAGACACAACACAGAGUCCAUGGCAAACAAGAGUACAUCAAAGAUCAGAAGAUGAUGCAAAUAAUGGCCAACCAGAACUUCGAAGAUCAACAAGAGCGUGGAAGCCAAAUCCCAAAUACGCCAAUGCUGCUGUAGCUGAAGAAGAGAAGUUCAGAGAGCCGGAGUCAUAUGAAGAAGCAUACCAGAACUCCAAGUGGCUUGAAGCAAUGAAAGAAGAGAUAACUGCUUUAGAGAAGAAUCAGACUUGGGAGCUGGUGCCAAAGCCGAAGGAAACAAAACCCAUUUCAUGCAAAUGGGUCUAUAAGUGUUGACGCCGUUUUUCGUCAACAGAUAAAAGAAUAGAGCACGUAAACAAUUUAAGACAAUGGCCAAAAAUAAACAAACGAAUCAAACACGAUUUUUUACGUGGUUCAGCAGUUAAAUCUGCCUAGUCCACGAGUCUCUGUUAUUAAUCUCAAGAUUAUCUCUAAACAAUUCUUUAGCAAGAAUUCUCCAGAGUUUUCUCCCAAGGAUUCAGAUUUCGGUCCUUUACAAUGGUGCAUGCCUUCUCUAUUUAUAGAGAAGGAUGCAGAAUACUAUCCCACAUAUUUUGGGUAGUUACUCUUUUGUGAAUACAAAUAAAUGGCUUUAAAUGCCAAUAAUCAGAUAUUAAAGGAAACGUCCCCCAAAGAUCAGGGGGCGUAUAACUGUAUUAAAUAAUAUCCCACAAUUCUUGGGGAUUUACAUCAACUAAUGAGGACUACAUCUCAUAGUUAUUACACUUGUGGAUACUCAAGGUGGUUAUGGCGUAUCUUCAAGUCUCCAGCAUUUCCGGUCCCAUGUCAUUGUGCGAGCCACUGACAUCUCCCGAGCUAACAUUUCUUUCGAGAUGGGAUGUCGAGCUCAAGAACCAUGCUCCGAAGUUCCUGAAGAUGAAGGUGUUCUCGGAGCUACCUUUCGAGAUCGAGGUCAUUUCGAGAUCACCGCAUUCGAAAUCAUACAUCAUACUUUGCAGGCUCGACUUACAACCCUAGAUCACUAAUCCUCACGAGACUAUUUGUUGCGAACUCAGCUUUCGAGGUCAUAUUUACUAUGGCUCGAACUCAGUUUUGCCCCCUCAAAACUGUUGACGCCGUUUUUCGUCAACAGAUAAAAGAAUAGAGCACGUAAACAAUUUAAGACAAUGGCCAAAAAUAAACAAACGAAUCAAACACGGUUUUUUACGUGGUUCAGCAGUUAAAUCUGCCUAGUCCACGAGUCUCUGUUAUUAAUCUCAAGAUUAUCUCUAAACAAUUCUUUAGCAAGAAUUCUCCAGAGUUUUCUCUCAAGGAUUCAGAUUUCGGUCUUUUACAAUGGUGCAUGCCUUCUCUAUUUAUAGAGAAGGAUGCAGAAUACUAUCCCACAUAUUUUGGGUAGUUACUCUUUUGUGAAUACAAAUAAAUGGCUUUAAAUGCCAAUAAUCAGAUAUUAAAGGAAACGUCCCCCAAAGAUCAGGGGGCGUAUAACUGUAUUAAAUAAUAUCCCACAAUUCUUGGGGAUUUACAUCAACUAAUGAGGACUACAUCUCAUAGUUAUUACACUUGUGGAUACUCAAGCUGGUUAUGGCGUAUCUUCAAGUCUCCAGCAUUUCUGGUCUCAUGUCAUUGUACGAGCCACUGACAUCUCCCGAGCUAACAUUUCUUUCGAGAUGGGAUGUCGAGCUCAAGAACCAUGCUCCGAAGUUCCUGAAGAUGAAGGUGUUCUCGGAGCUACCUUUCGAGAUCGAGGUCAUUUCGAGAUCACCGCAUUCGAAAUCAUACAUCAUACUUUGCAGGCUCGACUUACAACCCUAGAUCACUAAUCCUCACGAGACUAUUUGUUGCGAACUCAGCUUUCGAGGUCAUAUUUACUAUGGCUCGAAAUCUGGGUAUAACAUUUUGCCCCCUCAAAAGUAUUUGUUCGAAUCCUAAGAGAAGGAAACUUUUGAACUACUCUUUUCGGGAACCAUACCGUCACACUCUUGAAAAUGGACACGUGCCAGAUGGGUAUUGCUCACUUUAGGUACUUGAGUACCUUGGGAACACGCCCACGAUCGUUCGUCUGACAACUUUUCGGCGCCAUCAUGUCACCGAUUCCCAUCCAUUCGAUCUGUUGAGGAAUUUAAUCAACGCUCCUGAUUAGUUUAGUUUUCCCACCUAUAUAUACAAGACUCCCUCUUCGUCUUCUUCACGUUUGUUCAUCACAAGCCAGAAAAAAGAAAAACAUCCCCCUAAACUUCUUUCCACAGUUUAUCCUCAUUGCAUGUUUUCUAGGCCGAAAAAACAUAAGAAUCCUGGUUUGUACGAGUCAGUGAGUUCUUUCUUGCAACCUCUUCUCCACUCGACGAUUUCGCUGCAAUCACCAUCACUGUGUAAGUACGCCAUUUUUGUUGUUCUUUUUAUACUGUGUUUGCUGUGUAUGUUCUUAGCAUGAUGCAAUAGGAGGUUUUGAACCGAUAGGUUUUUAGGCUUUCUGGACUUCCACUCUGGAUGUUCGUCUCUGGUUUAUACCCAGUUUCGACGUUUGAAUGUGGUUCCCAUUUUCUGGGUUUUGAAAUUCUUAGGCAGCGUUUCUUGUACAUUAAGCUUUCGGAUAAAAACAUGGGUUUUGACAAAUACACGAAACCCAAAAACGCUUUUCUUGGCUAACCGCCACUCUCCUUUCCCUUGAAUUUCGGGACUUUAAAAAAAAAAUCAUCCACGCUCCUUUUCCUUUCCUGUGGAACACACGCUCUGACUCUUUAGUAAGGGUCUAAAUACUUAGUUUCUUGUCCUUAGAUCUUCGAGCUCAUCCAUCGAGCUCGUGAUUCUUGCAUGCAUGGCCCUCACCAUUUUUUCUUUCUCGUUAGAUGUCACAGAAUCCGGAAAGACGGUGGGGGUCAUUACGAGCAAUUCCUUACGAGCCCAAAUCUCCGAGCCCGGAAUCGAUCUUUGCCCGGAACCAGCGUCGGAUUAAAGAAUACGAGAUCGCACGCGAGCAAGAAGACAUUCGAGCCCACUAUCGUCGCCAGAUAGACGAGGUCAUCGAAAAGAAGAGAAGGGUUCUUAGGGAAGCCAUCUAUCCGGAGCCUAACCCCGGACCUAGGCCAGUUCCCCUCGACCCCGCAUUAAAAGUCACGGUAGCAUACCACCCGGGGGAACUUCAGUUUUCCUUAAUGGCGGAGCCUUCGUCUUCGCAGCCUAGGAGGGAGAUGUUUGAAGCCGAACUCUACCAGAGCUCGGUUACCACCUCCGACCAGAUAACUGACAUCCUGGCCAUCCAUGGCCUUAGCUCGUUGGACAUACUGAAGUGUCGAGCUCCGACAAGGCAUGAACGGAGCUGUUUCGCUCCUGGGGGCCGCGAUUCCAGUGUGAAAUACACGGCCUGGAGCCAGGAACAUAUAAGGGCAGGAGCUUUGCUGCCCCUGAAGUCCUUUUUCAGAGACUUCAUCGAUUUCGUUGGGUUGGCUCCAUUCCAACUCAACACCAACUCAUACAGGGUGCUGUCUUCCCUGAGGUCCUUAUUCCACGAGCUGGGGUGGAUAGGACCUUCACCCCAAGAGAUUUUAUAUCUCUUUUGUUUGAAGAGUAAUCCCUCCCGAGCUCGGGGAGGAGACGGUUUCUACUAUCUUUCGAGCUACCCCAAAGAGACGAAGAUCUUUGAAGAUCUUCCGAACCACCCCCCUGACUUCAAAAAGGCUUUUUUCUGGACAGACGGCCUGUUCCCGUCUCGACAUCGCUCGUUUAGGCGAAUUCGUAAGUAUUCUCGUUACUUUCUAUUUUUGAGCUCGAAUUUUUAGCCCUUGAAUCCGUGUUUAGUUGAAGUGUAUCUCGCCUUUCAGCUAACUUUCAGCGUCCCACCCCUGACGAGACAAUGAAGGAGCACAGAGAGAGCCUGCUCCGACUCCCUUACGGCAGGAGGUCUCUCUCAUUUCUGUUGCAUGAGGACAAGCUGCGAGCUUGUGGGUUGUUGGGACAGGGCCAGUCAACCUCUGACUGGUCCAGUAAAAAAUAUGAACGCUGGGAGGAAGUGCCCCUGCCCACAGGCAUCCUUCCUCCAAGGAGAGAAAGGAAAGCAUCUCUCCCAAUUCGCUCGAGAAGUCCGCGGUCGGGAAAUGAGGCCAAUGAUGAAGCCUCGAGCUCGGACUCCGGAGGAGGUAAAACCCUUCCUACUUCGCGAAUGUGGUCCCCCACUCUGUUAAAACACAGGCCCAAUAGACUAGUCUCGUGCCUACAGGAUAGAUACCACUUCUACAUAUGGAGUUGGGUAGAUGACUGCGUCCAUAGGUUUGAUAGUGGGCUCGGGAAAUAUGAUACCAUGUACACCACGGACGAGGUGUGGAAUGGGAUAGCGGUGCAGUAUGGGACCAAUGUCUAUAGGGACCUCUCGAGGUUGUCACCAACUUAUAGGGAAGGCACUCCCCCCGCCUCUUCUGAAGAUGGGGGAAUUUCAUGGUCCCUAAGCUCGAGCUCGGGGAAGAGUCCCAGUGCCAUGAAUCCCGACCUCGACGCCGUGCUCUUUAGUGAUGGGGGAGCUGGCGCCCAGAAGAGCAAACGCCCGAGGAUACCAAAGAGGCCCGACCGACAGUCCAAGGUGUCUAAACGUCACGAGACGACUCCCACAGCCCAGAUCACUGCGGACACCUCCAAGGAGCCGACUGCCCAGGUUGAUGGGUCAGGCUCUACUGCAUCCAUCUCGCAGCUUCCCACCGAGACUCGGUUAAUAGUUGCUCGGCCUCCGAAGAAACCUUCUACCUCAACGGUUCAGCUGCCAACGGCCCGAACUCACACUGAGGAAUAUGUACUUGAUGGCACCGCUGGGGCAGAAGGGGCGCUUCUCAGCUCGGACGUCCUUUCUCGGGUGGGUCAGAGCUUUUCUGGCUUUGGUGCCGACCAUUGGGACCUCGUGCGCAAGGCCUCGGACUGCAAUACUCUUUAUGAGAAGAGUAUCGAACUCUCCGCCGCGGCCCUUGUUGUUUCAGCGCAACUUAACUACAAGCUGACCAACGAGGUGCAAACGAGCUUAAAUCUGGCUCAAAAGUCGAAGGAUCUCGAGCUGAAGAUGAUUGACGAGCUCAAAGACUCGAAGUCUGAAAUUGAAAGAUUGAAGACCCGUCUCGAGGAGCUUGAAAAGUCAAACGCUGAGCUCGAGAAGGCCAAAGCCAAGCUCGAAGAGGAGAAGUCUGCCACCUUCGAUUUCAUGGAGAGCGAGAAGACCCGCCUCCUGGAUGAGGCUAAGGAGCAGAGGGAGAAAGCGGUCGACCAGGCCAUGUACAAACUUUGGGCCGACAAUGACGAUCUUGACACCAGCUUCCUGGGUCCUCUCGAAGCCACAUAUGUUGAGCGGUGGAAUGCCCGUCUUUUGGCAAGUACAGCUGCUCGAGAGGUGGCCCAGCAGGAUAGUCAUGCUAUUCGUCCUGGAGGGUCUGGUGAUAUUGAUGCUGAGAAGGCCAAGGAUACUCCUCUUCCUUAAAUCCGAUCUCGGAGAGAUCAGUUAUCGGGGCUGCGUCCCCUCAUUCUUGUAACUAUUUAAAUUUAUGCCCACGGGGCUGACACAAUUUCUUUAACUUUUUCUAUUAUAUGCUUUACAUUUCUUGACUCGAAAUAUUUUGCAUUUUUCUUGCAUUAA